CAGAGGCAGAACGAUGUUUGAUUUAUUAAGAAAGAGAGCGCCCGAAUCAAUAGAGAUGAAGAUGGACGAGAAGCUAAGUGUCAUCGAACUACUAAAACGAGCUACGAAGCUGCUCUUCGGUAACAUCAACCUCGCUUUCUUCCUCUUGCUCUGCUCUCUUCCACUGUUCUGUUUCUUGAUCUUAUUUGAGCUCUCCUUCCAAACAACCGUCUCUUUCACUUCCCAAUUCCUCUCCAAACAACUCGUUUUUGAGAAAGACUUGUCGGAGAAUGAUCUGAUUCUCCAAACCACCGUCUCUCUCACUUCCCAAUUGGUCUCCCAACAACACAUUUUUUGGGAGGACUUAUCAGAAAAUGAUCUGAUUCCAUGGCUGAUCCAUACAUCUCUGCUCUACUUCUUCUCUUACGCCUUUCUAGACCUCCUUACCACCACCAUGAUCGUUGCAUCAUCUUCGAUUGUUUACACAUCCGAGGAAGAACCAAUGGGGCUGCUUUCUUUAGUACGGAGAUCUGUCAAAAUAUGUCAGAACAGAGUACGAGGUACUCUCUUCAUGUACCUGACUGAAAAGUUCACCAAGUGGAGCGCAGGAUGGAACAUGAGUUUGGUUGUUUCGGUCUUAGAAGACGGAGAAGAUGGCGAAGGCAUAUAUGGGAGCGAUGCUUUGUCUCUUUCAGCUUUGUAUCGAAGAGGACAUGAAAGGCGUGACCUCUGGAUGAUGUUGUCGUUCUUGGUCUUCGCUCUCGCGACGAAGAUGCCCUGUUUAUACUCCAAAUGCAGUUUGAGUUCGAGUGGAAACGGAGUGUUGUACACUGGUCUCUAUGUAUGUUUCUUUUGUGUUGGGAACGUGCUUAGAUGGUUGGCUUGUGUUGUUUGUUACCAUGAUUGUAAAACUAGGUUUUUCAGGAAGAAGACCGAUGUAGAACAAGCUAAACCUCCUGCUUCUUAGAGAGUUUGGCUGAGAUCAAUUCAAAGUUGGAGUCUUUAAAUAAAUGGUUGAAAAAGCAGAAAGCUUAUUGAA